AUGCAUCCCAUCGCCCAAGCCGAGCUGCGAGGCGAAAACGCCGAUGGUAUUCCGUUCCGCGCGAAACAGCACCACCUACAUCGAACAUGGGCAAGAACUUUCUCCUCGAUACCCGAACUCUAUAUCCAACCAGAGACUCUCGCCGAGAUCGAAAAGGUCGUGUCGCUGGCCCAUAAAUGUCGUCGGCGCAUUGUGACUACCGGCUGUGGCCACUCGCCAUCCAAUAUUACUUGCACGUCUAGCUGGAUGGUCAACCUUGAUCAAUUUAACAAGAUCCUCUCGGUCAACUUGGAGACAGGGACAGUGACAAUGGAGAGUGGCAUACGCCUCUAUACGCUAUGUGAAGAGCUUGAGCAACAUGGCCUUGCAAUGCCGAACCUGGGGAGCAUUAAUCAACAAUCCAUCGCUGGUGCCAUUUCUACCGGCACUCAUGGUAGUAGUGUACAUCACGGCCUUAUAUCCGAAGAUAUACACUCGCUCAAAAUCACAUUGGCAAAUGGAACCACGGAAUUCUGCUCAUCCGAGUCUAACCUAGAGUUAUUCCGAGCUGCGCUCCUCUCGCUUGGUGCAUUGGGCAUAAUUACAGAGAUUACACUUCAAGCCGUUCCUGCUUUCACUCUUAAAUGGAGGCAGACUAUUAACACUGACUACAAGGUAUUUAAGUCAUGGCCGCUUGAUUUAUGGACACAAAGUGACUUUGUGAGGGUAUGGUGGUUCCCAUACACAAGGCGGGCCGUUGUCUGGCAAGCAGACAAGACUACCGAGCCAGAGAAAGAUCCCCUAGAGAGCUAUUACAAUAGAUUAUUGGGAUACUACAUCUACCAUAACCUGUUGUAUGUCGCACAAUUCGUCCCCCGAAUUCUUCCCUGGAUCGAGUGGUUUGUAUUUGGCAUGCAGUAUGGUUUCGCCAACGGUUCAACAACCACUGCGAUUCAACCCAGCCGCAAGACACUGUUGAUGAACUGUCUUUACUCACAGUUUGUGAACGAAUGGGCUAUUCCCUUGCAUAAAGGCCCCGAAGCUCUACGGAGACUUAGCUCGUGGUUGAAUCACCUUAACCCCGACGACCCAGACUACGUUCCGCACAAUAUCCCCUUCUCGGCGGAUGGAUUGUACGUCCACGCGCCGGUAGAAGUGCGCGUAAGUGACACUACACUCACCUCGAACGUGCGGCCCUACUUGGAUCCAACCGUCGACAAUGGCCCGACUCUCUAUCUCAAUGCGACGCUAUAUCGUCCGUACUGGAGGGAUCCGCCGUGCCGAGACCGCUACUACGAGGCGUUUGAGUGGCUGAUGAAGGAUAUGGGUGGUCGGCCACACUGGGCGAAGAACUUUGAAACCUAUCGACCUGAUAUCGAGGGAAUGUAUGGGGAGAACUUGGAAGCCUUCAGAAAAAUACGCGACCAAGUUGACCCGGAGGGCAUGUUUGUUGGCCCAUGGCACAGAGACCGAAUUAUGGCGGACCUUCCGGGGUCUAAGCUUGAGCUUGAAGAGGUUGAGGUUUCGAGGAAGAAGGCUGUGAAUGGGGGUCUGAUAGUGUCGGGUCUUGUUUGA